AUGAUACCGAAGAUUUUAGAGAAGAAGUAUUUGUCACCAUCGAGCUUGGAUACUUUCCGAUACCGGAUAUGCGCUAUCGUGAACUUGAUCGUCACGUCACGAAAUACGUGGUGGGUACACCCUGAAGCUCGACGAACACUUAUGCUAAUGAAGGCGAGAUUACACGAAAAGGCGGUUAAGAGCCUAUUGUUGAUGAAUCGCACUCCGAUUAUGUCGAGCUUCAAUCUAAAGUCGCACGCGCAUUGCGCAAUUUGUCGGUCAACCGUACGCGAUAAGCCUUCAGACUGUGUUGCAGUUGUAUAUGCUGAGAAUUGCUCGUGCGGAUUGUGUACACCGUAA